AUGUCAUUCAAUGAAGACGUUUCAAUAUGGAUCGAUUUAGAAAUAGAUGGAUUAGAUUUAACCAUAAAUUUUAUCUUAGAAAUUGCUUGUAUCGUUGCUGAUUUUGAUUUAACAAAUAUUCAUCAAGACAUCAUAUAUUCAUAUUUUCUAUUAAUAAAAUAUUUCUUAGGACCUGAUCUUGUGAUUAAUCAUUCAAAAUCAUUACUUGAUGCAAUGGGAUCAUGGUGUACAGAACAUCAUACGAAAUCAGAUUUUGUUCAACAAGUUUUAGAUAGUAAAUUAUCAAUGUCGAAUGCUGAAACAGAAAUAAUAAAUUUUAUUCAACAAGUAACAUCAUUCUCAACAAAUAAAAAACGUCUUAUUCUUGCUGAAAAUUUUGUUUAUGUUGAUCGAUAUUUUCUUGAAAAAGACAUGCCACGUUUAAAUUCUUUACUUGAUCGAUCCAUUCUUGAUUGUAGUACAUUAAAGGAAUUAAUUCAUCGUUUUAAUUAUAAAUUUUAUACAAAUGCACCAAUUAAAACUGGAAAUCAUAAUCGUGCAUUAGAUGAUAUUCGUAAUAGCAUAAAAGAAUUAAAAUAUUAUCAGAAAUCAGCUUUUGAAAAUCUUAAUAUAAUUGAUGAAAUUGUUGAUGGAAAAAUAAAUGAUGAUCUAAUGAAAUUUGUUCGUCGAAAUCAAAUUUAUCGAGAAAGACGUCUUGUUGUAGCUGGAAAAUCUUUAGGUUCAAUACGAAGUGAAUUAAAAAACUUGGCUCCUCAAUUUAGCGAAUUUUGCCAUUAUCGAUCAAUUGAUAUCGAUGCUAUUUCAGUUUCAUGUGAAAAAUGGUUUCUAAAUAUUUAUAAACAACGACCUUUUAAGAAUGAUAAUGAUUUAAAAAAUUCCAUUGAACUUCUUCGUUUUUAUCAUUCGACUAUAUUUAAAUAG